AUGGUUUCCUUCACCUACCUUCUCGCCGCCGUCUCGGCCUUCACCAGCGUCAUGGCUGCUCCCGCUGCCAACGCCGAGGAGAACGUCAGCCUCUCCAAGCGUACCAACUCCGCCACUGGUGACAACAAUGGCUACUACUACUCCUUCUGGACCGAUACUCCCAGCUCCGUCACCUACACCAACGGCAACGCUGGUCAGUUCAGCAUGAAGUGGAGCGGAAACGGUAACCACGUCGGUGGAAAGGGAUGGCGCCAGGGUGCUGCCAGAACCAUCAAGUACUCUGGCUCCUACCAGCCCAACGGCAACAGCUACCUUGCCAUCUACGGCUGGACCCGCAACCCUCUGAUUGAGUACUACAUCGUUGAGAGCUUCGGUACCUACAACCCCUCUUCCGGCGCGACCAAGAAGGGCGAGGUCACCGUCGAUGGUUCCGUCUACGACAUCUACACCAGCACCCGUACCAACGCUCCCUCCAUCGAGGGCACCAAGACCUUCCAGCAGUUUUGGUCCGUCCGCCGCAACAAGCGCACUGGCGGCUCCGUCAACGCUGGUGCUCAUUUCCAGGCCUGGAAGAACGUUGGUCUUAACCUCGGAAGCCAUGACUACCAGAUCCUUGCCGUCGAGGGCUACUACAGCUCUGGCCAGGCCACUAUGACUGUCUCCUAG